CCGCAGCAGUUUCCUGCAAACAUCAGAUCGUGUCGCAUCGUGUCACAUUGUGUGUCCUAGUGUUUUUCAACAACAACAACAAAAAACAACAUCAAAAUUUUCAGUGCUGUGAUUUUUGUUAGGACCUUGUGCGCGAAAUUUGUCCGUUCCGGAACGGUGACUUUCUUCUUCUUUGUCAAUAUUUUGCCUGUGUGUGCAUUUCCUGUCCUUCUCCCGUUACACCGGUACUGUUCCGGAUCGAAGGUGUGUGUGUGUGUGUGUCGCGCUCGGUUCCCUGAGCAAAAUAUUUAAUGAACCAGUUUGAGGCGGCAGCAACAAAACGAAAAAAAAAAUCAAUGAUUGUGAUAAUCUUCCCUCAAGUGUGACGGAAAAUUCGCGUUGAAAUUCUCCGUUUGUAGUCGAUUCUCGUGGCCGUGCAAAAUCCGUCAACCGGAGCCAACAACAACAAAAAUCGAUUUCUGGUUCGAGCAGCAAAUUGUGCACGUGUCAUCCGUACCCAAACAGCACAGCAUCACCUCAUCUCGUAAAGAGAACAACAAUCUCAAGUCCAAGUCAAAGUCGGCUAGUCCAAGUCAGCGCAAGUCCUUCAACGGUUUAAAAAUUCAAAGUCCUUUGAAGUUCCACAAAAGAAAAACGCACCCCUAAAAUUUUAAAGUAGCGCAAAUAAAUGCAAACAUAAAGAAAAAAAAAAUUCAAGGCCAUCGCAGCAAAUCGUGGUUUGGGGAAAGUUGGCCCAAAAUUGCCGGUGAAGUUUACCGCAGAAGUGACUCAUCAUCCCCCCGAACGGUGGCAACCCGAGCUCGAAGUUAUCAGCGAUCCGAGAUAGGCAGCAACGCGGUGCAGUCUCCGGGCUUCAAGAGACCAGACCGCCAACCGGUUCAACUCGUUCUUAGUGGCACAAUGUCGCAUGGUAUUCGUUGGAUCGCCUGAACUAGACCAACUCAUUGUUUGUGGGCGCAAGCUAAACGGCUUCUCCAGCUUGGACCUGUUUAUUAUGCCUAUACUGGACAAAUCCCGACUAAAUCAUCCGCUGAAUGCCAAAAAGCCCCCGCCAGCGAUCCCGAACCCGUGGGUAACGGGUGGCCCCCCGGGCGGCAAGGAUGCCGUGCUGGUGUUCCGGACGGUUGCCCUCUCGCCGGUCAGCGGCAAUGGGGGCGCCGACUCCGGUGGUGACUCCCCGGUGGCGGGCAGUUCCAGCUCCAGCAGCAGCUCGACGACGACCAAAGAUCCUACCGUAACCUCUAGUGAUAAGUUAGCCAACAGUUCGAAGGUACCCGCAACACUGCCCAGCAAAAACUUUAACGUUCAACGAAAAUCGGAUAGUAUUAGUAGCGCAACUAGCAAUAGCAACGACGACGACGAGGAUGACGAUGAUGAUGUCGAUGGAGAUUCAGGCGAUAAUGACGACGGUGACGAGGAGGAUGCCGAGGGUGAGGCGGAGGGGGAAGAAGAAGACGAAGAUGGAGACGAGGCUGGGACUUCGCAGGACGAAACGGCCGGGGCGACGGCGACCAGUGGCAGCAAGUCCAAGAAGCGACAGCUCGAGUCUUCUUCGUCGUCCAGUUCGUUGAGCAAUGCCUCGUUGGCAAGUCGGGAUGGGGACGAACCGGAGGUGGAUCUGCCGACGUCCAAGUCGGAACCGAUGCUGGCGACCAGCGCGGGUUUAGAGAAGAAGAAGAGCUCCGGGGGUAGUCAGGAGAACAAGGAGAACCGAGGGGAUAGCGGACUGCCGAAGACGGAAAUGCCGGCGGCUCAGCUGAACAUCUACUACAAGUUUAUCAACACGGAGACGCGAUUGCUGCGGAAGAUCUUGAAUGCGCACGGAAUGGGCGAGAGUGGGUCCGACAGCAACGACUUUAAUCUGCUGUGGACGGGGAUUCACCUGAAGCCGGACAUACUGCGGAACCUGGCGCCGUACCAGCGGGUUAAUCAUUUUCCGAGAUCCUACGAGCUGACGCGCAAGGACCGCCUGUACAAGAACAUCGAGCGUAUGCAGCACCUGCGCGGCCACAAGCACUUUGACAUCGUGCCGCAGUCGUUUCUGCUGCCCCAGGACUACAAGGAGCUGAUCGCGGCGCACAACAAGUGCCGCGGGCCGUGGAUUGUGAAGCCGGUGGCGUCGAGCCGGGGCCGUGGGAUAUUCAUCGUGAAUUCGCCGGAUCAAAUCGCGUCGUACGAGCAGGUCGUGGUGGCCAAGUACAUUACGGAUCCGCUGUGCAUUGAUGGGCACAAGUGUGAUAUUCGGUUGUACGUGGCGGUGACGUCGUUUGAUCCGCUGAUCAUCUACAUGUACGAGGAGGGACUGGUAAGGUUGGCGACGGUAAAGUAUGAUCGUACGGCGGAGAAUUUGUGGAAUCCGUGCAUGCACUUGUGCAACUACAGUAUCAACAAGUAUCACACGGACUAUAUCAAGUCGAACAAUGCGGGGGACGAGGACGUGGGUCACAAGUGGACGUUGAGUGCGUUGUUGCGGCAUUUGAGGAGUCAGGGUUGUAAUACGGAGCAGUUGAUGUUGAACAUUGAGGAUCUGAUUAUUAAGGCGAUCUUUUCGUGCACGCAACCGAUCGUAUCGGCCUGUCGAAUGUUUGUUCCGCACGUGGGGAAUUGUUUUGAGUUGUAUGGGUUUGAUAUUUUGAUUGACGAUACGUUGAAGCCGUGGCUGUUGGAGAUUAAUCUGUCGCCGUCGCUGGGUUGUGAUACGCCGCUGGAUACGAAGGUGAAGGCAUGUCUGUUGACGGACUUGCUCACGAUGGUCGGAAUUCCGGCGAUUAGUCCGCUGCAGAAGGCUUGUUACGAUAGUAAGGGACAGAAGAUUCGGAAUCUGUCGACGCCUUACAGGAGAGUGAAUUCGGCGGACUUUGUGCACAGUUCUGGAGGUAAGAAGGAGGGACAACCUGGGGAACCGACGAAGAAGCUCCAGACGACGUUGAGUGCGUUGACGGCGGAAGAGUUGAAGAUCGUACGCUUCGCACGAUCCCAGUACGAACGCCGCGGUGGUUUCGUACGGAUCUUCCCCACAAGCGAUAGCAUGGCUCGGUACGCUUCCAUCCUGGACCCGAUCACCGGAAUCCCCACGUCGGCCAUCACGUCCGCCGGCAGCGGAACCUACCUGAUGGUCAUCCCGCACAACUACAAUCAGAUGCUGCACUCGCAGCUAUUCCCGGCGGGUAGCGAGACGGAGAACCGGAUCGUUCACCGCAUCCAAAAGUACGAACGUGCCCUCGAAAGCUCACUGCCCAUCACGAUCGGCCCCAAACACACCGCGCCCAAGUGCGUCGACGAAGCCAAACGUCUCCGCCUGCAAAUCCGGAAGCUCAUCGAAAACGGCCACGAACUGAGCAUCCUCCAAGCUCGACGCGCCUUCGGCCUCUACCUAGAAUACAUCCUCAAGCGACUCUCGUCCGAGCCCAAGCACAGCCACGAGGAACUCGUCAUGAAGUUCCUGUACCGCGUCGGAGCCCACAUGAAGACCCCGUUCUUCUUCCGCAACUUCGGCAACAAAGCCCUCGGCAAGGACCGCGGCGCCAUGGUCGCCAAACAGCUCGGCGACUACCUCCAUCUCUACAACAAGGAAACGGAAGCAUUCGUCGACACGUUCGACAUGGUCGGCAUGGUCCCGAUCAAGCUCUUCGACGAGUUCCUCAUGCAGGCGGGCGAAACGGACGUCGAGUCCGUCCUAACCCUGCAUACCAACCUCACCCAGGCGAUGCCCUUCCUGUACAGCGGACUCUCGUCGAGCAUCCCGCCAGCCCCGCCCAUCCCCGUAGGCGCCCACGGCUUCCUCAAAGCACUCCCCUGCAUGGCCCCGGGCGGCGCCAACAAGGAACUCAUCCGGCUCGAUCCGUACUACAAAGGUCCGAGCGAACCGCGGAUGGCUGCGAGAACGAGUCUGUCGACGGCGGCGUCCGGUGCUGGGAUGCGGUCCGAGCUGAGGAUGAUCGAUCGGACGCGGUUGUCGCCGAUGAAGAAGAAGCCGCCUGUCGGCGGGAUGGUCAAGUCGUCGAGGGAGCGAGAUCAGAGGUCGAAUUGGUUGUACUAAGGGGAGGGUUGUCCGUGCCGGGGGAUUGAAUGUGGUGCUUUGUUUUUUGGAUAUUUAUUUUUGUUUUGUUUUUUGGUUUUCUUUAGGUGUUGUGCAUGCAAAAAUUGUGUGUAUAAAGUAUUCGAUGAAAUGUGGAUGAAAAUCGUUUUUUGAUAUUCAAACAAUUGGCAUAUAAAAUUCAAAGAAACAUUACGUAAAAUUACAAAGAAGGGCCGAUAUUUUCGCAAGUUUUUUGGGCUUUUUGAAGAAACUAUUUAAACAAUCAGAUCAGUUAAGGUCUUGUUAACUUUGCAAAACAUUUCUACAGGACCUAAUACAAAAAGUGGGGCUCUGUUUUCUUUACAGAGUUAUGACAAUUUCCGUAAAAAAGUUGAAGUUUAAAAUGUUCGCGUGAGGUCUACAGGCUCCGCAAAGUCCCAAAAACAAAGUUUUCCUUUUUUAAACGUGAUCCACAAAACCUUAUGACUAAGUUUCUAACACUCUUUACAGAAUAUAUAAACCCUAUAACUAUUAUUUUGACAUGCCACUUGUCAUAUUUGCACACUUUACAAAAAUCCUCGGCUGGGACUGGACUUCCGGAUUCGUUCCGGUGAAUCCAAAGUGGCCAAAUGAUCGAAAACUGAGUUUUUGAUAUCUUCACCGAAUUUAUAAACCCUAUUACAAGUGUUUUGCAUGUCGCUCGACAUAUUUGACGAUUGCACCAAUGCACCAACAUUGGAUCAUCAGAUGGCCACUUGGAACCGGUUCCAGGAUCCUCGGAGGCCUUGGCCAUAUUAAGUAACUGUACUGAACUAAGUUAUUAGGCAUAUAUAAGUAAUAGUAAUAUGAUAAAUGUAGGCAUUGUUUCAUGUCAAAAGUAGUUUUUUUCCUCGCAAUCUGAAACAUCUCCGGUAAACCUGGACCAUAUUUUUGCAACCGGAAGCAUCCAAUCCAUCCAUCCAAGGAUUUGAAAAUAAAAAACUACCUGUAAACCCCGAGCGUAGAUGUGUUAAAAACACAAAACACGAUUGCCAGAACCACUGUGGAUUCUUAUUGGUCAGUUCCGGUCAACCUGGAACCGGUCUCCGGGUACCCGAAGAACGGCCAACUAGCCUAUUUUGCUGAAACCCUAUCAUGUUGCUUGACAAACUUCAUAAAAAUGAAUGGUAUGUGAAUCUGUGGUCUGACUCUUCCUGGUCACUCCGGAACCGGUUACCGGUGGCCGCUUGGGGACACUUUCUGAAUUUGGACGAAUCCCUGUCAUGCGACAUAUCAACCUUCAUGAAAUUGAACGAUAUGAUGGUUUAUGGACAUGCCGAUGUUCUCUGACCCGUUUUGGCCACUCCGGAAUCGCUUUCCAGUGGCCGCUGGUGGACACUUCCGAAAUAGUCGAGAAACUCAUUCAUGCGACAUCUCAAACUGCAUAAAAUUGAAAGAUAUGACAAUGUUCAUCCAUAAAAAAAGUAAAACAAAUUCUUUCUUGGUCAAAAUUUGCCGCUUAAUUUUUAUCGAAUAUUUUAUGCACAAAAUAAAAAAAAAAAUGUUUCUAAGAUUUAUUUUCGCUAACAAUAAAUAUAAAUAAUUUAGUUUGGUUUCUGCUCGUUUCUCGCUAACCUAUAUUUCCGAAAAUAGUUUAAGCAAAACUUGUUGAGUAAUUUUAGUUCCGAACUUUAAAAAAAUAGUGACACUGAAUUCACAAAACUUUCAUCAAAACUAGUGCUAUAUUUAGGCUAAAAAAGGCGAGUCCAAAGCUCGCGCGGUGGAAAAUAAGUGAUCAGUAUUAAUUUUCCCCACUACAUUUAGUCAGUAAGAGAAUGGAAUAAAAACAAUGAUAUGAAAAAAAUGGGGAUUUAGGCUCGCUGAGAAGGGGAGAACACUUAUUUUCUAGUCAUUAUUGCUAGCAAUUUGAGCAAAGCGUACAAUCUUGAAAUAAUUAAUGUCGGCAAAAAUGUGAUAAAUUUUUCCCAAAGAAUCGGCACAAAUCUAAAUUUUGAUGAAAUAAAAGUGAUUUCCAAAUUUACAAGCAAAAAAAUAAGUCGCAAUUUUGUUAUCUGACCAAAAUAAUGGCAGAAAAAAACAACAACAAAGAAACAAUCGUCACAAAAGAAGAAAGAAAUAGUUGAUACAAAUGCAUAACAAUAUAACCUUAAAUUUAUGAAUAGAAAUCGCAAAAUACCAUUUUCAAACUGUAGGCCAAAGAUUUGGUUAAAAUAAAAAGAAAAGCUGAAAGUUGUUACUCGGUAACGAGUUCUAGUCACCAGAGGUAGUAAUUUUUACUUGCAAAACAAACUGAAAAAAAAAUCAAAUCACAAGCACUUCCACCAAGAGCACACAAAUCAUCACCAUAUUUGAAGAUUUAAGGACUCAAAUUAGUCCGGCAAAUAAAACAAAGUUCUCUUUCACUGUCCUAGUGUCCUGCCAGAAAGUGAGGUUGCAAAAUAUCUCGAUAAAUUUAAUAUAAACAAAAAAAAUUAUUAAAGAUGCACGUUUUUCCUGCUAAUUCUGGCAGAUAUUUUGCUGAAAGUGAUAGCCUAAGAUUUACUACCGAAACUAACAUUGAUCGCGUUGCCGUCAGAGUUUUAAAUUAGGAAUAUAUACAAGAAAGAAAAGUACAGAAAUAAAUACAAUCCGAUGCAUAUAUUUUUGAUAGCAGUUACAAAUUUCAAAACCAACAUAAUCGCAUAAACAUUGAUCGUAACUAUUUAUUGAAAUUCAUUAGUUUUAUUUUUAUUGCAGGAACUUUUCCUUAACAAAAAAGUUUCUCAAUUUUGUACAGCAAACAGCUUAGAUAUUGUCCAAUUUUUCCCUCACAAUACAUAUAUCAAAAAUCCCCGCUUUUAAACAUAUAUCAAAAAUCGCAUUCAGCACAAAAUCCCACUCCAAGUUUGAAAAAGAUUGACUUAAAACAUACACAAACACCAAAAGCACAAAGCAAUUACGAAACCGUUCACUUGUUACAGCCUUUGCCUAGUCAGAGUUGUUAGAAGCAGCAAUUUUAACUAAAACAAGAAAGAGAUUCAAAAAUAUAUACAAAACGCUUUUGAAAUCAUCCAAUUGACAGCAACAUCAACAAAAAAAAAACGAGCUAAUAGAUUUUGAAACGCUUCCUGGUUAAUCUUGCAUCAACUUUUAAUCAGAACGAAGAAACACAAAACAGUUCAAUUUUACCACCUCCCUACAGUGAAGAACGAAAAAAGAUCCCCCAAAAGUUUAAAACAGUUACUCGCCACCCCUGCCCCCUUUGCUACUGUUACAAACAAUACUCUUACAUGAUACCAACUGCAACCCUCUCUAAAAAAUAUGUACUAUUAAUUACUUAUACUCUUUGCUUGGAGAGAUACUCUUCCGACGAUGAUGCGUUAUUUGAUUGUAAAACGUGGAGUACGGUACGAAUGGCGCGCUACUUACGAAAGAGGGUGGAGCGCUCGGUUUAAAAGUGAAUAUCAAUUUCAAUAAAAUUUACAUACUAAUAAAU